UUUCACUUCUUCGGAUUUGUUUCUUCAUUGACUUUAUUGACACCCUGACUUUCUUCCCAGCAGAAACCCAAAGCAGCUGACAUCUUUCUCCGUUUUGCCCUCCCAACAACCCUGCGAGAUGGCCCGUCAUCCAGGCAGCACGAGGCCCGUGGGCCGGUUCUGGGUCCAGAGUCGCGCCCCCCUCCUCCUCCUGCUCCCCUUCCUCGCGGCUGCGGCCGCCCAGAGUGAGGAGCUGAUGGUGGACACGCAGACGGGGCGGGUCCGUGGAACCCGGCUGUCCGUCCUCGACGGCAGCGUCGACGCAUUCCUGGGCAUCCCCUUUGCCGAGCCCCCCGUGGGCCGGCUGCGCUUCCUGCCCCCGGAGCCCAAGAAGCCGUGGAGCGGCACCCGCGACACAUCCUCCUAUCAACACGCCUGCUACCAGUUUGUGGACAGGACGUACCCGGGGUUCCACGGCAUCGAGAUGUGGAACCCCAACCAGGAGAUGAGCGAGGACUGCCUCUACCUCAACAUCUGGGUGCCCUCGCCACGCCCCAAGAAUGCCACCGUCCUGGUCUGGAUCUACGGGGGCGGCUUCUACAGCGGCUCCUCCUCGCUGGACGUCUACGACGGCCGCUUCCUGGCCCACACAGAGAAGGUCCUCUUGGUCUCCAUCAGCUACCGAGUCGGGGCCUUCGGCUUCCUGGCCCUGCUGGGUAGCACAGAGGCUCCGGGCAAUGUGGGGCUCCUGGACCAGCGCCUGGCCCUGCAGUGGGUCCAGAACAACAUCCACCACUUUGGGGGCAACCCCAAAAUGGUCACCAUCUUUGGAGAGAGUGCCGGGGCGGCUUCCGUCGGGAUGCAUCUCCUUUCCGCCCAGAGCCGGCCCCUCUUCAAGCGGGCGAUUAUGCAAAGCGGGGCACCCAACGGGCCCUGGGCCACCAUUGGUCCGGCAGAGAGCCGACGCCGCGCCACCCACCUGGCCAAGCUGGUGGGCUGCCAGUCCACCAACGAUUCCGAGAUGGUGAGCUGCCUGCGGGCCAAAGAGCCCCAAGAGCUGAUCGACAAGGAAUGGCUGGUCCUGCCCUACGACAGCGUCUUCCGCUUCUCCUUCGUGCCGGUCAUCGAUGGCGACUUCCUCCCUGACACGCCCGAAGCCAUGCUCAGCACCAAGGACUUCAAGGAGACCCAGGUCCUGCUCGGGGUGGUGAAAGACGAGGGCUCCUACUUCCUCCUCUACGGGGCGCCCGGCUUCAGCAAGGACAACGACAGCCUCAUCAGCCGGGAGGACUUCCUGAGCGGGGUGCGGAUCGGGGUGCCCCACGCCAACGAGAUCGCGGCCGAGGCCGUCGUGCUGCAGUACACCGACUGGAAGGACGAGCACAACCGUGAGAAGAACCGGGAGGCCAUGGAUGACAUUGUAGGAGACCACAAUGUCAUCUGCCCCGUCAUGCACUUUGCCACCCGCUACGCCGAGCACGGGAACAAGGUCUACGCCUACCUCUUCGACCACCGAGCCUCCAACCUCAUCUGGCCGCUGUGGAUGGGUGUCCCGCAUGGCUACGAGAUCGAAUUUGUCUUUGGGCUGCCGCUGAACAACAGCCUCAACUACACGGAAGAGGAGAAAGCCUUGAGCCGGCGCAUAAUGCGCUACUGGGCCAACUUUGCCCACACGGGGGACCCCACGGAGCCCUCAGAGAAGGGGCAGGUGUGGCCCCCCUACAGCAUGUCGGAGCAGAAGUAUGUCAAGCUGAACACGCAGCCUCUGGAGGUGGACCGUAGCCUCCGUGCCCAGAUCUGUGCCUUCUGGAACCGAUUCCUCCCCAAAUUGCUCAACGUGACAGACAACAUCGAGGAGGCCGAGCGGCAGUGGAAGGUGGAGUUCCACCGCUGGAGCUCCUACAUGAUGCACUGGAAGCACCAGUUCGACCACUACAGCAAGCAGGACCGCUGCUCGGAGCUGUGAGGAGGAAGCGGAGGGGGAGCGUGCGUGCGCGCAUGCCCGCCCACC